UUUGUAUGCAUUCUCUUCUACUUGAACACAUCUGCGACGUAAUACUAUUCCUAGAAAAGGAGGAAGUCUUGCCACAUUGACAUCAAUGACAUUUUCAAGAGCUAAAGGUAUUGAGCUUCAUAAGUUAGAGACAUGACUUGGUGACUUUAGAAAAAAAAGUCUCUAACCUGCAAAACAACGACUUAACCAGGGAAAACAGCUGCAAAACCAGGAUUUUCAUUGAUCACUUGGUAGCUUAACGCUGAAUCAUCUCAAGGAAAAAGAAAAAAACGACAUUUUGUUAUUGAUUUGUUGAGAGAUAUUUCUAGGUUCCUAGAAAUAAAUUUAUACAGAUUUCUUCCACAAACCCGUUAGCUCUAGCGUCACACAAGGCGAGCAAGAACUGAGUUUACCACAGUUACCGGUCGCUGUGUUCCUAGGAAAGGCCAUCGUUUGUUAAAUCUCGUUCAAGUCAACAUGGAUUUAGAUCUUGGAAACGGAAACCCACAAUCUGGCGAAUGGAAUGCCGAAUUUCACAAGCUGAAUAUUACCCCAAAUGAUGUAAACAAAACAGUAACUGCGUCUCAAUUCAUCGCUGGAUUUUAUGCGCUGCUCUUCUACCUCGUCCUUCUCAUCCUGAGUGUACUUGGCGUUUGUUUCAGAGCAUGUGUCAAGAUGUUUUCAUCUCGAGCCACCUCUCUCCUCUUUUUAAUAGGGACGAUGUUAGCCUGUGUAAACGUGCUCUGCAAUUCGGACAACUUAGAGGUGAGAGUAUACUUUCGCCUGCCUACGGCUCUUCUCGUUGGAAUCGUCUUUGCUUUGGUUGGAGCGGUAUUCUUCUUCUCCAAACCUGAAGAAACGGCCAAUCAAACUACCUUAGCAAGACAGCAACCCUCAAUGGGACUUGUUGUCGGAGUAAUAUCCAUCCCUUUGAUCAUCGUCGAGAUAUUUCUCCUUGCUGCAGCUAGUGUUUCGAGGAACAAAAGCAAUCCAGAGUCUUGGGCUCUUGUUCUCGCAGACAAGACAACGUUUCUUGUCCAGAAGGUUGUCCAAGCAAUUGUAUAUAUUUUACUGUUAAGAUAUAGGACAAUCUGUCCGAGGUACAAAGAAAAUGCCAAGUUUUAUUUGAAGACCUUGGCGUUUUUCAAUUUCAUCGAAUGGGUAGACUCCCAAGUAAACGAAGACACCGAUAUCAAGUUAAGUCACGCUAACCUGUCUUACAGUGCUUGGUUCGAUAUCCUUACAGUAUUUUACAAGGCCUUGAUAAUAGAUUACCGCCUUCUAUGCUCACUUCUGUUCCUUGAGCAUUCAUUAGAGGACGAAAUGGCGGACAAUUACGACGAAGUAAACGACACACCUAAUAGAAACAUGACCUUGAAAAAAGAGCAAUACAGAGCUGCAGGGUAUAUUUUUGGUUUGUUGAGUCUUUCUGCACCAAUCUGCACAGCACUGUAUCAUGUUGAGAACCUUCAUAUCCCUCCAUGGGUCCAUGUGUUUGCCAUUAUAGUAAAUUUUACCAUUAUUGGUUGUGGAGCAGCCUUUUUAUGUAGAAAUGAUUUAACUAGUGAUAGGGAAAGGCAUCAGGAAUCAUCUGGAGUCCAAAGCAUGGUAUGUUUUUUGGGAGCUGUGGGACUCACCUGUUGGAUAAUCAAAGCACCAAUCUCUGGUUAUUGGGCAGCUAUCGGAAAUGGCAGAAUUGAAAGCGACGUCUCCCGAUACUUUGCCUGGGCCGCAGCGAAGUAUUUUGCUCGCGGCAUUUCCACAGCGUUUCUGAUGGGUCUUUUUUUGAAAGUUAAGGUGCAAUCCUUGGCACGUAAAAAUUCGGAAAUGAUUGCAAAUCAUUUCUUAGUGCCUGCUAUGAUAUUAACGAUAUUUGGAGCUUUUGCAGAGAGUUUAAUCGAUCAGUAUGUAGGACCGGUUGACAGUAGACUGAGAAAGGAAAUCGAUGAUGCAAGUCUGGAUCUCCUGUUUGCAGCUGGUCCACCGAUGUACCUUGGAUUUCUGAUUCAUAUGGUUUUGCAUUUUGUUAUUAUACAAGCAGAGAUUGUCAAACGUAGUUGAGCUCGCACACAUUUUGGUUACAUGGGUGCAUUGUUCAUGAAUUCAUAAUUAAAAAGCUGACAAACACUUUAACUACUCUAUAUAUGAAUAUGUAAGUAUGCGUAAGUAAAUCAUUGUAUACUCCGUUUAACAACAUUACGAAAUAGAGGUAAAAAAAUAACAUAGCUGCUUUGCAAAUGGUUCCUCCAAAUCCGUUUUCCACGAUUUAUGCAAUGGCGGUAAUGAUUUAGAUCUGGCGUAUCACGGCUAAGUAGAGUACCAAAUAUGGCAAAUACAUGCAGUGCUGGAAUAACUUUAGAGAACAUAGCAGAAUUUGGCUUUGAUUACAAAACGUUUUGGUAUUUCAAUGAGCCCAUUUUCACGAAUAAUGGCUGUAAAUAUAUGUAAAUCGACACGACUGUUUGACUUCGAUGCUUCAAUAGUCCGACCAUUGUUGAGAAUGUCUGCCGCCAAAUUAAGCUUGGGCGUCGAUUAAAAUCUUUUGAUCAGCUCUUCAAAUUUAGCAAUUUGAGGGGCUAACCUUACUGACGCCAUAGAUUUUUUCCGGAAGUAUUUUCGACGAACUCACAUACAACUUGUCAUCCACUGCGCAGCAGCCGAAACUAAUUUUUCCGGGCGUCACAUUUUCCACCUAUUACUGGCGAGAAAGCCCAAACAUGCAUUUGGGCUUAAAGACGACUGGGAAAAUGAUGACCCCGAGGCUAACGCUCGAAGACAACUUUCCAAAUGCUUUGACAGUUUAUAUAACAUUAAAAAUAUCUAAGUAAUAAUUAGAGUGCGGGCGAAGGAUAACACUGAAGUCCGUCAUAAAAAAUAAUGACUUUGUCCAAA